GUUCUAGUGAGAAGAACUAUGAUGAUGAUAAAUUUCUAUCUGAUGAUGAAAUUGAAAUUGAAUAUACUUAUGGGGUUUUUAUUAAAUUGGAGAAUGAAAUGUCUCUUCUGGCAAAAAUAGUUCUUGAAUCCAAUAAUAGUUCAGAUGAUGAAAUUAUUAAACAUUCAAGAAAUAAAAACUCUAUUCCUAAAACUUCAAGCUUAUCAUCAGCUGAAUUGUCAAUUGCAAGAAAUGUCUUAGAGAUUUGUAAGAAAAUUAUUGUGCAAUUUAUAAUCGACCAUGUUUAA